AUGAGAAAGUGGCUAUUCAAUAUUCGCCAGGGUGAUAAGAAGUUCAAACUUGAACUUUCGUACAAGAACAUUCGGAAGAUUGAGUUACAUCAACCGCGGGGUAAAACUGUAAAGUAUCUCCUGUUACAGUUAAUUCGUGCUCGCCGGGUUUUUGAGCUUUAUGUUCCUCCUCCAACAAGUGGAGCUGAUGAUCCUUUGUACAACUAUUGUAAGGAAUUUCCUGAUGACCAAUGGAUCCGCACAAUAGAUUUCACUCCUGAAAGGUGUAUUGGGCAGUCUACAAUUUUAUGUCUCGAGCUUCCUAGUAACCAAGAUUUACCCGAUUUUAGGAAAAACUUUACACAUUAA